GCAGAUCGCAGGUGAGUGCAGCCCAUAUACACAGACAAAGACAUACACAGACACACACACAAUGCCCGUGACGAUAAGACGUGCAACUGUCGAUGAUUUGCAGGCGAUGCAGAACGCCAACUUGAGCAACCUACCCGAAAAUUAUUCAAUGAAGUACUAUUUGUACCAUUUGCUUUCAUGGCCAGAGGCGUCCUUUGUUGCUGUGAGCACCGAUGUUGAAUUGGAGGAGCAGGACGAAGAGUCAGACAAGACUGCGAAAGCGGAGGUGCAGUACGUGGGGGUGAACGAGAAAGUAGUUGGAUACGUGUUGGGCAAGAUGGCCGACGAUGAUACGGAGGCAGACAAGACACCGCAUGGACACAUCACGUCGCUCUCGGUGAUGAGAUCGUACAGAAGGAUGGGGAUAGCGGAGAAGCUGAUGAGGCAGUGUCUCUACACGCUUUGCGAGGGGUUCACGGCCGAGUACGUCUCGUUACACGUGAGAGAGUCCAACAGAGCUGCUCUGCACCUUUACCGGGACACGUUGGCGUUCGAGGUCCUCAGUGUUGAGAAGUCGUACUACCAGGACGGGGAGGAUGCGUACUACAUGAAGAAGGUGCUGAAGGUUGACGAAUUGGUUCCGUCCAACUUCCAUAACGCCGAGGAGCAGGACGACCUGAAGAGUGAUCUUAUCUAAUGACGUGUGCCAGCACAUGGACAGUGUAAUCCCGUAGUUUUAUAGCAUAUACUAGACCAAGACCAAGACCAAGACCAAGAACAAGAAAACGAGCACUGCGUGCCGCUACGGCGGGUUUACGUUGAAGGGACGGAGCCAGAGCAAAAGCAAAAGAGCUUCAAACAAAGAUGAUUCAAGUCAGAAAAAGUUUAAAGGUAGCGUGUUUUUUUCCACAUCAACGCAUGAGGAUUAGACAGGACGUCACACCAGCGUCUCGAGCCAAAUGCACUCAAGUCAUCAUAUGAAGAGAAUCUU